AUGGUGUCUCAGUUUCAAGAACUUGGAAGGCAUAGUGAUUGGCAUCAUAUUACUGAACGGCUUAUUGAACAUAAGAAUUCAACUACUCAUAGGUAUGCAAUAUGUGAUUAUUCCAAACGUUCUGUAGAAUUAAAACGAAUUGAUUGCCAACUAGUAAAAGAAUAUAAAACAGAAGUUCAAUAUUGGAGAAAUAUUUUAAAACGUACUGUAGCUGUAAUUCAGUUUAUAAGCCAAAGAGGUUUAACUUUUUUUGGAGAUAGUGAAAUAUUAAAUAAUUCCCAUAAUGGUAACUUUUUAGGUAUUAUAGAAUUAUUAGCAAAACUUGACCCAUUCCUCAAGGAACAUUUGAAUAAUUAUGGAAACAAAAGUAGUGGGAAAUCUAAUUAUAUUUUAUCUUACACAAUUCGUAAGCUUAUAUCACUGAUGGCAGAUAAAGUUUUAAAUGUAAUUGUAGAAGAAAUAAAAAAUGCUAAAUAUUUUGGCCUUUUUGUAGACUCAACGCCAGAUGUGACUCGUAUAAACCAAUUAGCUAUAGUUUUACGUUAUGUAAAAUCUGAUGGCCGAGCCAUUGAACGUUUUAUAAAAUUUCUAGAUAUUUAUAGUCAUACUGCUGAAUACUUAACAUCAACUGUUAUUGAAACAAUAAAACAAUUAAGUUUAAAUAUUGAGAAUUUUGUUGGCCAGCCAUACGAUAAUGCCAGUAAUAUGGUUGGAAAGUAUACGGGAUUACAAGCGCGAAUAAAAAAGAUAGCUCCAGAUGCUGAAUAUUUACCGUGA